AUGGUGAUUAAUAUUAAUCAUAGUCGCAUCGCAAAAGAACAAAGCAAUGUUCUCAUUGCACAUGGGAUAAACUCAAAUGAUCUUAGAUUGUGCUUUAAAGAAAAAAAAAAGAUUUCGCAGAAAAGCGCAGCAAAGAUGGAAGCUGAGAUUCAAGUUGUAAAACGAGAAAAUGUUUAUGGUAAUCAAGACAUGCGCUCAAACAUACGAACAACAGUAGCUGCUACUUACAUAUGCAAUGCAUCCAAUGCUACUGCUUUUGAAACAUUCGUCUAA